GUGGUACUCGGCUCGCGAACGUUCCCUUCCGUCCCUUCUCUCCGUGCUCUUCCGGCUGGCCGCGUGCUCGCGAGCAAAGCUUCCGGAUCAGUCGCUGCUGAUCAUCCGGUGAUUCGGUGCGAAGAACAAGUCGAAGGGUCGGUGAUAACCGAAAACGUGGUCCGGUUCGUGCAGUUGUUUGUAUUCCCGUAGUUGCCUGGUUUUUUUUCCGAGUUUCGAAAACCAAGUUGGAGAAGUUUGGACAGAAAGAUUGGACCAAGUUUGAUGGAGGAGCGUGGGUGAGAGUGAAAGGGGGUAUCGUUUCCUGCUGCGAGACCAGGUCCGAGACAGAGGGAGAAAGAGAAAGAGAAAGAGAGAGAAAGAGAGGGAGAGAUCCAAGAACAGACCGCGUCCCACGGGAGGGGACAGAGAGGAGACGGUCGGGAGAGGGGCGGAAGGAAAUCUGAAGGAAAGCAAGGGAAAGCCCGAGGGGAACGAACGAACGAGAACGAGCGAGCGAAGUAAAUCGAAUUAAGGAAGCGACGCGUUCUUCCUGGAUGGGUUGGCGGCGGACUCGGCGCACGCUGCAAAGAGGCCGCGUCCUCGCGACCGCUUCGUCGAGCGUAUCGAGUGAAUCGCGAUAGUGAGCACCCUCGACACGUCUGCUCGUCGGACAAAAGGGCCGGGGGCAGCUUGAAUCCGGCUGGCCACUCGUCGCGCCAACCCCUAUUUUUACCGGACCCCUCUUCUGCGCCUCUGCUCGUCGUCGUCUCUUUCUCUCUCUCUCUCUCUCUCGUUCGUCAGUUGCUGAACGAGGGAGCGCAACCGAAAUCGAAGGUCGAGCGUCCGUUGAUCCGUGCCCUCGUGGAGGGCAGAUUCUUCGGAGUGGUCGUGUGAGCGCGGACGUGUCCCAUGAAGUCGACAGACGACAGCAACCAAGUCGGGGAGCGAUCUUCGAGCAUCACCGACACGGGAUCCAGCGUCUAUCGCGGCACCAGGUGAAUCGAAGUCGAGCCACGCUCGCCCCAAAGCGAACCCCGCCCUUGGACCAUGUACAAGAUCCUUCGACGCGGCUCCAGCCGCGUGUUCGUCGUCUGCGCGGUCCUUUUGACCUUGCUGCUGUGCCUGUACUACGUUAACCAGGCACAGGCACCAUCCACAGGCCCGUCCGCCGGCAUACUGAACGAAGAACUGAGAUACGAUCGAGGCCUGACCUCCAUUACACCGGACUACGUCGAAUCCCCGGACGCCAGGGUCUCGCUGGACACCUGCCCCAUCAUCGUGCCGAGGAACGUGGACAUCGACACGCAACAGGAGUUCGAGAAGUUCGACUUUCAGCCGUCGUGGAUGCGCAGCCGGGAAUACUGGGACGACAGCUUCGAGGCUCGUUACGCGGAGCUGAGAAAGGAUCCGACCAGGCCGCCGUUGAAGGUGAUCCUGGUACCUCACAGUCACACUGACCCAGGAUGGCUGAAAACGUUCGAACAGUACUUCCACAGCUCCACCAGGAGCAUAUUGAACAACAUGGUCUCGAAGCUUCAGCAGUGGCCCAAUAUGACCUUCAUCUGGAGCGAAGUAUCCUUCUUGUCACUCUGGUGGGAGAGUGCCCAUCCCACCAAGAAGAUGGUCGUAAAGAGGUUAGUGAAAGAUGGCAGGCUAGAGAUGGCCACAGGAGGCUGGGUGAUGACUGACGAGGCAACGUCGCACAUCUACGCCAUGUUGGAUCAGCUGAUCGAGGGUCAUCAGUGGCUGAAGACAAACCUGGACGUGGUCCCGGAGUCUGGUUGGUCCGUGGACCCGUUCGGCCACGGUGGCACCAUACCGUACUUCCUGAAAGUUUCCGGUGCCUCUGGCACCGUGAUCCAGAGAAUACACUACGCGUGGAAGCAGUGGUUCGCGAAGAAACAAUACGGUGACUUCAUCUGGAUGCAGCCGUGGGAUCAAACUGGCAGGGCUGACAUGUUGACGCACAACCAGCCGUUCGACAUCUACAACAUCAAACACUCGUGCGGUCCGCAUCCCCACGUGUGCCUGAACUUCGACUUCAGGAAGAUUCGCGGGGAGUAUACGGAGUAUUCGGUGAGGGCGGUGGAGAUCACGCCAAACAACGUGAAGCAGAUGGCCGAGCUGCUUCUGGAGCAGUAUUCCAGGACUGGAUCGUUGUUCUCGCACAACGUGGUGCUAAUGCCGCUCGGGGACGAUUUUAGGUACGACCAUGCUAUUGAGUGGGACCAACAAUACACCAACUACAAAAUUCUAAUGGACUACAUCAACAGCAGGAAGGAAGAGUACAACGCGGAGGUGGUGUUUGGUACUCCUAGAGACUAUUUCCGCGAGGUGAGGAAACGCGUCGACGAUUUUCCAACUCUGAAGGGCGACUUCUUCGUGUACUCUGACAUAUUCAGCGAGGGCAGGCCAGCCUACUGGAGCGGCUACUUCACCACAAGACCGUACAUGAAAAUUCUAGACCGUGAGUUAGAAGCGAACCUCCGAUCAGCCGAGAUUCUCUACACCAUAGCUCUAAACGUGGCCAAACAAUCCGGCAAGGAUUUCAUGCUGUACGAAACUUACUUCGAAAAGCUGGUGAAGGCUAGGAGGAAUUUGGGCCUCUUCCAGCACCACGAUGCCAUCACUGGCACCUCCAAGUCCUUCGUCAUGAAGGACUACGCUCUAAAACUGUUCGAAUCUAUCUCAGACACGACCAGUCUCCAAAGUUUCGCCAUUCAGUCUUUAGCUGGAAGCACCAGCAAACCUAAUUCCGUGUAUGUUCUGGCUGAAUCGGACAGAGACAGCUACGAGAAACUACCAAAGAAGAUACCCAUUGGAAUAAAUGGUCAGGAGACCAAGAAAAUAGUCUUGUUCAAUCCUCUGGCUCAACCCAGACAGGAGGUAAUAAGUCUAAAAGUCACUUCCUACAAAAUCAGAGUCCUAGACCCGCAGAAGAAUCCCAUCCCGUAUCAGAUAGCUCCGGUAAUGAAUGCCACGAGUAUCACUCACGACGUCUACGUUCUGUUGUUCGUGGUGGAGCUGAAACCUCUGUCCAUAGCCACGUAUCAUCUUCAACAGAUAGAUAAAGUGCCCAUGGAGGCUAUUUCCACGGUGUACUGCAGCAGAUGUGGCAAGGACAACGUGUUUCCUAUCAAACCCAUGCAAGUAGGCGACGUUCAGUUGGAGAACCAGAGGAUGAAGCUGUUGUUCGAUGGUCAGACUGGGUUCCUGAAAAGAGUGACCAAGAAGGCAACAGGUAAAAUCAUGCAAUGCGCCGUUCAGUUCGCUGCCUAUCCGUCCGCGCAGUUCCACAGCGGGGCUUAUUUGUUCAUGCCCGAUCCUAACCUUCGAGACAUCGACAAGGACGUUCUCGAAGCGUAUACGCCUCAUCAGAAGAUCUACAUCGUCAGCGGAAGCCUCAGUUCGAGGCUGACAGUUGAGUAUGGAAAGUUGUUAACCCAUCACGUGGCCAUUUAUCACAGAGACGAUGGCCUUGGCGAGGCUAUCUACCUGAGGAACAUCGUGGACUUUGAAACUCCGCCGAAGAAUCGCGAAACAGAGAUGUUCAUGCGUCUACAGACCGACAUUCUGAAUGGCGAUCCUCCAGAGUUUUACACAGACUUGAACGGCCACCAAAUGAUCAAGAGGACGAAGAUAGAGAGAAUUGGCAUCGAGGGUAAUUACUUCCCCAUCACCACCAUGGCCUACAUCGAAGACACCAAUCACAGACUCACUCUGUUAGUAAAUCACUGCCAGGGAGCAGCCAGUUACCAACCAGGCUGGUUAGAAGUAAUGUUAGACAGAAGAACAUUGUACGACGAUUCGAGGGGAAUGGGUGAGGGUCUUCUGGACAAUCGUAGAACCGUGAUCAAGCACUGGUUACUAUUAGAAGACAUCACCGGGGAGAAGGAUAAAUAUUCCAAGCCUUCCCUUUUCGCUAAUCACCUGAGCAACGCUCUCAAUUACCCCGUAAAUAUUUUCGUGGUGGACGGUACGGAAGGUGAUAUAGCGAUGGCGCCAGAGGUUAGGCUAUUAAGUCAAAGCUUCCCCUGUGACCUGCACCUGUUAAAUCUUAGGACCAAUCACGACCAGAAACUGCCACACUUCCCUGUGAACAGUGCUCUGAUGGUGCUGCAUAGGCAAGGUUAUAGUUGCUCCGUGGGUGUGGACGUUGCUAUGAAGCACUGCCCGCUGACGGAGAAGAUUGGUCAAGGAACGUCGUUCUUCAAGUUAGCGAAUCUCAAUGUGACGAAGACCUCGCUGACUGGCACCAAGACGAAGCACAGGUUGAAGGAUGGUCUGCAAGAAGUGAGUCUACAGCCUAUGGAACUGGAGACGUACAACGUGAACUUUGUCCAAUGAUCGUAAGCCCAAACAGAAGCGUUUGCCUGCCUUCUGAACAGAAUACUGCCCUGGCAGAUGCUACCUCUUCGGGUCUUCGUGCAAUCCACUGGAAUCAGAGAGAUACAGAGCGAGGAGAAUCGUCCUGCAGAUGGCGCUGGAACCAUGUUCUUCUUACCCCCAUUUUUCAUCUUGUGUUCCAUUCAAUGGUCAAUUCAGUGUACAUACUUGGACGCCGCGGUGACCUUGACUGUGUUUGCAUCAGUGUACAUACAUUCACACACAUACCAGGCCAUCGCACCGUGCUCCGUUCUACCUUUUAGUUGGGUUUCCAAUUAGGCAGGCAGAGACAGGAAGAGAGAGUCCACGUAAAAAGAGAAAUUAUACAGACUCGCUGUGUCCUCUGACUACAUUCACAAUGGUUUCCCGUGUUUCUCGAAUCACUUCAAACCGACUCUAGAUACACUGUAGGUAGUGGGAACUCGUUCCUGAAGCCCGGUCUUUGCCUGUGGAACCAUUCGAACGUGUCUACACCGGUCAAUUUCUAUAGCCAGAUAGUUCAAAGGGAGUCGCCGGCCGAGACCUGGCUUAAGAAGCAUGCCAAAAUCGACUGACGACACAAUCAAAUGAUCAAAGUGCAUUACAGACUAGUAAUCUGUACAAAGGUAGAGAUUCAGCUCGCGCGAGGCGCAUGGGAAUAAUGUGGAUUAUGGUGAACAAACAGGGUGCUCCACUUAGCCGAAGCGUUCCAGCAGCUUUGUAGCUGAAGUUAUUUUCGAAAUUGGGAAGUUUAUUAGUGGAAAUUACUU